AUGGCCGAUGCAGACAGAAAAUUCGCCGAGCUGAUUUCCAGGCAGGCGAAUGUCUCUCAGGACGCAAUCCAUUUCUACCACUCGAAGCGUGGAUGGCCAAUCCCAGACGGGUUCAGGGAGUGGCUGCGGCUCGCUCAAGAAUAUGGCGCAAUUCUGAUAGAAGACUUUUGGGAUCCCAUCUAUGAAGAUCUCGCACCCUUCUGGAAUAUGGAUCCCGUUAGAGUUCGGGGCUUGGCGCGGCAAAUGACGUACGGAGAGCAAUCAAAUAACAUUGAUGGCUUUUGGGUCCGCGAGAAUAAGCCUGGUACUGAUUGCCAAGAAGACUUCUGUCUUUGGUUCCUAGAGCUACUAAGACAGCUUGUCGCCGACGGUGCUGUGCUUCCCGACGUCGACAUUCCGGUGAACUUUCUCAUAACGCCAAGAGUGAUUCCGCCGUGGGAGGCCACGCAACCCAAAUCCAUGAGCACCAUGACCUCAGUCCAACCUGAGAUCCUCUGGCUAGGAUCAGGCGCAGAAUAUCUUUCAGCACCAUUCUAA